UGUUUAAGAACAGCGCGGCUCCCCGCCGCCCCCGAGCCUGCGCUGCUGCCCCGGGGCGGGGAGGCGCCGCCGCGCUCCCGGGCCGGAGCGGGGCAGUGCGGUGCCCGCCCGCCCCCUUCCGCCUUCCCCGCGCCGGGGCUCCUUCCUCGGGGCGGCCCGGGCACCCAGGAACUGAUAUUAAAUGGCUAAAACCAAAGGUGAUAAGUGGCUGAAAUGAAUACAACUAUCCUACAAGAGAUUUUGAUUAAAAGAUCACAGCAGAAGAAGAGAACUUCUCCGUUAAACUACAAAGAGAGGCUUUUUGUACUUACAAAGUCUAUGCUAACAUACUACGAAGGUCGAGCAGAGAAAAAGUACAGAAAAGGAUCUGUGGAUAUCUCAAGGAUUAAAUGUGUAGAAAUUGUAAAAAGUGAUGGUAUUAUUCCCUGUCAAAAUAAAUAUCCAUUUCAGGUUGUGUAUGAUGCCAAUACUCUUUAUAUUUUUGCACCAAGCGCACAGAGCCGGGAUCAAUGGGUGAGGACUCUGAAAGAAGAAAUAAUGAACAACAGCAAUAUAAUGGUAAAAUAUCAUCCUAAAUUCUGGACAGAGGGAAUUUAUCAGUGCUGCAGACAAACAGAAAAAUUAGCACCUGGCUGUGAAAAAUACAGUCUUUUUGAAAACAGUGUCAUGAGAUUACCCUCUCCAAUGCCAGAAAAAAGUGUGCAAAGGCCUCCGCCACCUGCUCCUCCAGCUGAAGAAAAUGGCAAUGAAGAGGAGGAGAUAGUGGUAGCAAUGUAUGACUUUGAGCCUACAGAACACCAUGAUUUAAGAUUAGAGAAAGGUGAAGAAUAUACAGUGAUUGAGAAGAACGACAUUCACUGGUGGAAGGCGCGAGACAAAUACGGAAAACAAGGAUAUAUUCCAAGCAACUAUGUAACAGGAAAGAAGUCCAACAACCUUGAUCAAUAUGAGUGGUACAGCAGAAACCUGAACAGAAGCAAGGCUGAGCAGCUCCUCAGAAACGAGGAUAAAGAAGGUGGUUUUGUGGUGAGAGACUCAAGUCAGCCUGGCCUGUAUACAGUUUCCCUUUACACAAAAUUUGGAGGAGAAGGUUCAUCAGGAAUACGACACUACCAUAUAAAAGAAACAGUGACAACACCAAAGCAGUACUACCUCGCAGAAAAACAUCUCUUUAACUCCAUUCCAGAAAUAAUUGAGUAUCAUAAACAUAAUGCAGCAGGUCUUGUUACCAGGCUGCGUUACCCAGUGACCCCAAAGAAGACCACAGCACCAACAACAGCAGGAUUCAGCUAUGAGAAAUGGGAAAUUAAUCCGUCGGAACUUACAUUCAUGAGAGAACUGGGGAGCGGUCUGUUCGGUGUAGUGCGCCUUGGGAAAUGGAGGGCGCAGUAUAAAGUGGCCAUCAAGGCAAUUCGGGAAGGUGCGAUGUAUGAAGAGGAUUUCAUAGAAGAAGCUAAAGUAAUGAUGAAGCUAACGCAUCCUAAAUUAGUUCAGCUGUAUGGUGUGUGUACACAACAGAGACCUAUUUACAUCGUGACAGAGUUCAUGGAGCAUGGCUGCCUUCUCAAUUACCUGAGACAAAAACGAGGAGUUUUGAGUAAAGACGUCCUGCUCACUAUGUGCCAAGAUGUAUGUGAGGGAAUGGAGUACCUGGAAAGAAACGGCUUUAUCCACAGAGACCUGGCUGCCAGGAACUGCUUGGUGAGUGACUCAGGAGUGGUCAAAGUGUCAGAUUUUGGAAUGACAAGGUAUGUCCUUGAUGAUCAAUACACAAGUUCUUCAGGGGCUAAAUUUCCUGUGAAAUGGUGUCCCCCAGAAGUUUUUAAUUAUAGCCGAUUCAGCAGCAAGUCAGAUGUCUGGUCGUUCGGUGUUUUAAUGUGGGAGGUAUUUACUGAAGGAAAAAUGCCAUUUGAAAAAAGCUCCAACUAUGAAGUGGUAACGAUGGUUAGCCAAGGACAUCGUUUGUAUCGGCCCAAACUAGCCUGUAAGCAGGUGUAUGAAAUGAUGAUGAUGUGCUGGCAGGAGAAACCAGAGGGACGCCCAACUUUUGAAGAAUUGCUUCACACAAUCAUUGACAUUGCAGAGGGUGAAGACGCUUUCUGAAAAAAGACAACAGCAGCACAAAUGCAGGAAAGAAGUCACUUUCCAGGGAUGUGGCUUUG